UGAAAAAGGUGGGCACAUGAAUAGGAGAGGUUUCACUAUAUAGGGCAAUUAAUAGCGCACUUGGUAUAAGUGGUGGCAAACGAGCCACCACAAAGGCUGCCUCCCCACCGAGCAAAGAUCCAGACUCCACUGGGAAAGUCAAAGGAAAACAAUCCCACAAGAAGAAGAAGAAGAGAGGGUAGAGAUGGGAAUUGUGGAGGAGGCGCAUAAUGUGAGGGUGGUGGGUUCAGGCCAGCAGGUGAUAGUGCUAGCCCAUGGGUUCGGCACGGACCAGUCGGUCUGGAAGCACUUGGUUCCGCAUCUGGUCCAAGACCACAAAGUGGUGCUCUUCGACAACAUGGGUGCAGGCCCAACCAACCCUGACUACUUCGACUUCGAACGCUACCAGUCCCUGGAGGGCUACGCCCUUGAUCUCCUCGCCAUCCUUGAAGAGCUGCGCAUUCAGUCUUGCAUUUUUGUGGGUCACUCGGUCUCGGCGGUGGUCGGCGUGCUGGCCUCGAUUGCACGACCCGACCUCUUCACAAAGCUUGUUUUGAUCUCUGCCUCCCCAAGGUACUUGAACGACACAGACUACUUUGGGGGUUUUGACCAAGAGGACCUGGACCAGCUAUUCGACGCCAUGCGUUCCAAUUACCAGGCAUGGGUAUCAGGGUUUGCUCCACUAGCAGUCGGCGGAGACAUGGAAUCGCCGGCAGUGCAGGAAUUCAGCCGAACGCUGUUCAACAUACGGCCGGACAUCGCACUAAGCGUGGCUCAGACCAUCUUCCAGAGCGACCUGCGGGACGUGCUGGGGAGAGUGACGGUGCCGUGCCACAUCCUCCAGAGCACCAAGGACCUCGCCGUUCCGGUGGUCGUGUCCGAGUACCUCCACCUACAUCUUGGCGGCGGCUCAAUCGUCGAGGUCAUGUCCUCCGACGGCCACCUCCCGCAGCUCAGCUCCCCAGACAUCGUCAUCCCGGUGCUCCUCCGCCAUAUUCGCUAUGACAUCGCUGCCUAACACACACCCACACACGUACACAUUACAUCUCUUUCUUCCCCAAAUGUUUCUCUCUGGUUUUCUCCCUCUCUCUUAAAUUCAUCUGGGCUUCUUGCUUUUUAAAUCUUUUGUUCAUCUCCUUCGUUUGAAUUGCUUUUGUAGGCGUUAUGUGGGUCUUGCUUUUGUAGGCGUUAUGUGGGUCUUGAAUUGCUUCUGUAGGCGUUGUUAUCGAAUAACCAUUGGAGACUGCAGCUGCCUAAGUGGGCGGCCGUUUACUUGUAUUA